AGCGAGAGUGACAGACUUUUCAGGAGACUGAAUGGAAUCCCUUUAUCACUUUUCAACAAAGGAACACUACCGAGGGAUUGGUCAAUUUAUCCAGCAUCAUGGCAAAGCUCUUCCCGGAUGUCCCUAUGUCAUCUCUUAUCCUCCUGUCACUCUUUCUCUGCUGUGUCCCUAAUUGCCAUGGAGGCAAAAUCCUGGUGGCACCUGUGGAAGGAAGCCAUUGGGUGAACAUGGACAUCCUGAUCAGAGCUCUACACAGCCAAGGACACUCCAUCACUGUGCUGCGAACCACCAAGAGCUGGUACAUCAAAGAGGAGUCAUCCUACUACAGCUCCAUCACAGUGCCCACAAAACAAGGGUUUGACGAUGAAUUUGUCAAAGAAAUCCUCUUCAAAAUGAUGGCCAUUGAGCGGGAAGGUGGUUCCACUAUGAGUUUCAUUUCCUUGCAGCUGUUGAUCUUCUCUGCCAUGGGGGAUGCCCAUUCAAUCACAUGCCAGGUGUUAUCCACCAUGUUUGAGGACAGAACCUUAAUGCAACACCUGAACGAGAGCCAGUUUGACUUAGUUCUCACUGACCCCGCCUUUGGUGACGGCAUUAUACUGGCUCACUACCUCAAGGUUCCUCUUGUGUACAAUGUGCGAUGGGUCAUCAGUGAGGAAGGACACUUCUUUCUUGCUCCUUCACCAGUGUCAUACAUACCAAUCACAGGGUCAGGUCUGUCGGACAAAAUGGUCUUCUUCGAAAGGAUGAAAAACAUGCUGUUUUACCUCACUGUACAAUUUCAGAGAAGGUUUAUAAUUGGACCUCUGUAUCAGGCAGUUUGUGAUAAAUACUUUGAAGAGAAAGUAGAUAUUUAUGAACUUGUGCAGGCGGCUGACAUCUGGCUGAUGAGAGUGGACUUUGUGUUUGAGUUCCCCCGCCCCACCAUGCCCAAUGUGGUCUACAUGGGUGGCUUCCAGUGCAAGCCAGCAAAGCCUCUUCCUCAAGACCUGGAGGACUUUGUGCAGAGCUCUGGAGAACAUGGUGUUAUCAUCAUGUCUUUGGGGACGUUUGUCACUGAUAUUCCCAGUGAUUUUGCAGACAGCAUAGCGUCUGCGUUUGCAGAGUUACCCCAGAAAGUAAUCUGGAGGCAUGUUGGGGAGAGACCCUCUACGCUGGGGAACAACACCCUCCUGCUAAAGUGGAUGCCCCAGAACGACCUACUGGGACACCCCAAAAUCAGGGCAUUUGUGGCUCAUGGAGGAACAAAUGGGGUUCAGGAGGCAAUGUACCAUGGGGUUCCAGUGGUUGGGAUCCCCCUGUUCUUCGACCAGUACGAUAACCUUUUUCGACUGAAGGAAAGAGGAGGGGCGAAGAUACUGUCUGUCGCCUCCGCCAACAAGGCUAGUGUUCUCCAGGCCUUGCAGGAGGUGCUCCAUGUGCCGUCCUACAGGGAGAACAUGCAGAGACUCUCCAGGCUGCACAGAGACCAGCCCAUGGAGCCCCUGGACCGAGCCCUCUUCUGGAUCGAGUUUGUCAUGAGACACAAAGGUGCUGCUCACCUGCGCACAGAGUCCUACAAGAUGCCCUGGUACUCCUACCACUCCCUGGAUGUGAUGAUGUUCUUGCUUGCUGUUUUGUUCCUGAUGCUGUUCAAUAUGUUUGCUCUCAUAAGGUGCUCAUUACGUCUCUGUGGUAAAGUCAAAAGUAAAAAGGAUUAAUGAAUGGUUAAAAAAAAUGCAGGGUUUUUUUUUUACACUAGUAAGUCCUACUACUCCCUGGAUGUUGCUAUCGUCUGUUGCAGUCAGCCUUUUGUAUAUGAUUUAUGCGAUCAGAUUGCUCUGCUGUAAGGUUGUCUUUCGUAAAAAAAAUUAAACAUGAAUAAUUUUAUGUUCAAU